AAAAUUAUCAUUUUCCUUUUAUUAUUAAUUUUCUCUCAUUUCUGAUCGGCGAUCAGCGGUAACCUCCCUUCUCCUCGCCGCCGACUCACCCAAACCCGACAUGAAUUGUUCACCCAAUUUCUCAAAUCCCUUAAAAACCCUAAAUCUCUUACCAUUUUGUACGUGUUAGCUUCCAAAAAUAAUAAAUAAAUAAUCCUUAGUGAGUAACUUUGUGCUUUUGUGUGUGAGAGGUAAUCCUAAUAGUACACUGAAAUUCUCAAAAAAAUCAGGUCACUCUCUUGAUUUGCUCGAGCUCUCAAAUACACGUGUCGAUCUGGCUCUUGCUUCAUUUCCCAUUCCUUGCUUAAAUCUCAAUAGCUGAUGUGGUUAUGCAUGAGAAUCCCGUGUCUUGUGUUUUUUGGUAUGUCGGGUCGGUCAUAGCUUUUGCUUCAAGAUUUUUGGCUUUGUGUUUGAUUUGAAGCUCCAGAUGGAACCAAACACAGAGGAGGCUGUCAUGGCAAAAGAGAAUGCUGAGAAGCGAUUUGCUGAAAGAGAUUUUACUGGUGCAAAGAAUUAUGCUUUGAAGGCAAAAACUUUGUGUCCUGGAUUAGAGGGUAUAUCUCAGAUGGUGGCCACUUUUGAAGUUUAUAUUGCAUCUCAGGCCAAAUGCAAUGGUGAAAUUGACUAUUUCUCUGUUCUUGGAUUGAAGCCUUCUGCAGAUAAAGAUGCAGUGAAAAGGCAGUAUCGAAAGAUGGCGGUGUUGCUCCAUCCUGAUAAGAAUAAAACUGUGGGAGCUGAUGGAGCAUUUAAACUAGUAUCUGAAGCGUGGACUAUGUUGUCAGAUAGUCUUAAGAAAAACUCUUAUGAUAUAAAGAGAAACAAAAAGAUGGCAUCAUGUGUUGUUCAGACAAACCUAUCUUCAGUUCAUGCUGCUGGGGUUACAGGAUACAGCCAUUGUUCCAAUUCACCUACUGCACAUGGACUUGAUACUUUCUGGACAGUUUGCACGUCUUGCAAAGUUCAGUAUGAGUAUCUACGGAAGUAUGUGAAUAAGAGACUUUCUUGUAAGAACUGCCGGGGUACUUUCAUUGCUGUGGAAACUGGGGCAGCUCCAGUCAGUGGUUCUUUCCCCUACUGUCCUUGGUCAUAUGUCCCUGGUAAUGGGCAUAGAAGUCAUGGAUAUGAUGGGGUUGCAUAUGUCCCAACCACCUCUACCUUGUACUCAGGAAAUGGGGUCUCAGGAUUGCAUACUGGACAUGGGUACGAGUAUGUUUCAAAUUUAUCAUUUCAAUGGAGCUCUUUCUCUGGAACUCCAGGGAGUGUUGUUGGUCCCAAUGGAUCAUGUGCAUUAUCUGCCGAUACUGUUUAUCAGGCUAAUGGAAGUGCCAGUGCAGCAAAGGUUAAACCAGCAGCCAAUGGAAAGCGAUCCGUGAAAACUGCCACAGCAAAGAUAUACUCUGAUGUAUCUGCAAGCUGUAAUGAGUCGUCGGGCUCCAAGACUUGUAGACCUGAUAAGAAAAGGAAGGUUGUUGAUGGAUCCGGUUUUAGAAAUGGGUGUGAAGAAAAAGAACCUAAGUCUGGUUCUGAAGUAGGAUUAGCUAAUGGAUAUACAAAUGUUGAGCAUGAUGCCAAGCUUUCCAGUCCAAUUGAAGUUCCAACAAGACACAGCUCGAUUGCUCCGGCUUUUGAUGCUAGAAAGUUGUUGAUUGACAAGGCGAGGACUGACAUCAGGAAGAAAUUGGAGGAGAUGAGAUUAGCUUCAGCUGCAGCGGUUAAAGAGAAAAUGGAAGAUCAAUCCACAGAGGCAGGAGAGGCUCCUAAACAAGCAAAUUCAGAUGUUGCUCGUCAUCAAACAAAGCCAAACAAAAUAGGGCCAAUCUCAAUAACAGUCCCUGACCCUGAUUUCCAUGAUUUUGACAAAGAUAGAGCUGAGGAAUGCUUCAAGCCAAAACAAAUAUGGGCAUUGUAUGAUGAAGAUGAUGGUAUGCCUCGCUUAUACUGUUUGAUUCGCCAGGUGGUCUCAGUUAAACCCUUCAAGAUUCUCAUCACGUACUUGAACUCUAAAACUGAUGGUGAAUUUGGGGCAGUGAAUUGGAUAGAUUCUGGGUUUACUAAAUCUUGUGGACACUUCAGAGCAUGGAAUUCUGAUGUUGUUGAUCAAGUGAACAUUUUCUCUCAUGUUUUGAAAGGUGAAAAGGCUGGUAGAGGUGGCUGUGUUCGGAUAUACCCCAAAAGUGGAGAUGUUUGGGCUGUUUAUCGACACUGGUCACCUGAUUGGAACAUAUCAACCCCAGAUGAUGUCAGGCACCAGUAUGAGAUGGUAGAGGUCCUUGAUAAUUACUCUGAAGAGCUUGGAGUUUGUGUUGCUCCUCUGAACAAGUUAGCUGGUUUCAAAACAGUAUACCAAAGGAACGCAGGCAAGGAUGCCAUGAGAUGGAUUCCAAGAAGAGAGAUGGUACGCUUUUCUCAUCGGGUGCCUUCUUGGUCACUUGAAGGAGAAGCUAGUAAUUUGCCAGGAAAGUGUUGGGAUCUGGACCCCGCCGCUACUCCAGACGAGCUACUUCAUGCUGCAACAGAAGCGAAGGCAUAGCAUAGCCAGAAUACCAGAGUCAAGCGGGAAAGCAAUGUUUGUUUGGAGUUCAAUUUACCAUUCUUAUAGAAAAAUUUUAGGUUGACUGUACCAUAUUUCACACUUGGUUCAAAGCCAUUGCAACAUUAACUCCAUAUGAUUUUAGACAACGUGAUGUUUACUGAGAACUGUCGUAUCUGGAAUUCUGAGUCUAUUGAUUGCUUGUAGACAGAAUUGUACUUGUGGUGUUCUAUGCGGGUUGUUGUAACAUUAAUUAAGUGGUCAGAACUGAUUGAGAACUCAACAGAAAUGUAGUAUCUGUAUCUCGGCAAAGAUUUGAUGCCACAAAUCGAAAGAUUUAAUAUUCUUGAACUUCUUAGCAA